GGUACCUGAGUGUCUGCACUGCGCUGGGUGAAACCAAUGAAGACUUGAGGCCAGUGCAUGGUCUGGCUGUGAUUUACCCCCUCUUCGUCUCUGGCUCUGGGGCUCGGGAUCAGGGAGCCCCGUGGGCCUGCCAGGUGUUCUUGAUUAGAGCCCAAGUCGCUCGGCCUGCUGGUUGCUCCUGCCUUGCUCCUCCACAAAGACAGGCUGUGCGCAGCCAGGGGCCCUGUCUUGGCCCCGUUUGUAUCCUCGGUGCCUAGCACCCAGCCCUGCACUCAGAGCGCACUCGAUUCACGUUGCCAGACGACUGCUCGACCACCCACCCAGGGAAGUCCGAAAGAGAGGACAAUCUACCUGUUUCUUGCCUUUAUCUCAGCUUCUCCCGGACAGAACAUGGACUUUGCGCGCCUGUGGCUGGGGCUGCUGCUGCCUUUGGUGGCCGCUCUGGACUUCAGCUACCACCACCAGGAAGCGCUGGAGGCGUUCCUGAAGCGUGUUGCCCAGAACUACAGUUCCAUCACUCACUUGCACAGCAUUGGCAAGUCUGUGAGAGGUAGAAACCUGUGGGUUCUUGUUGUGGGACGGUUCCCGAAGGAACACAGAGUUGGGAUUCCGGACUUCAAAUACGUGGCAAAUAUGCACGGAGACGAGACUGUUGGGCGGGAACUGCUGCUCCAUCUGAUUGACUAUCUCGUAACCAACCACGGGAAAGACCCUGAAAUCACAAACCUCAUCAACAGCACCCGGAUACACAUCAUGCCUUCCAUGAACCCAGAUGGAUUCGAAGCCGUCAAAAAUCCCGACUGUUUUUACAGCAAUGGAAGGGAAAACUUUAACCAGUACGACCUGAAUCGAAACUUCCCCGAUGCUUUUGAAUACAAUAACGUCUCGAGGCAGCCUGAAACCGUGGCCGUCAUGAAGUGGCUGAAGACCGAGACAUUUGUCCUCUCCGCAAACCUCCAUGGCGGUGCCCUGGUGGCCAGUUACCCAUUUGAUAAUGGCGUUCCAGCAACUGGGGCGUUGCUCUCCCGAAGCGUAACUCCUGAUGAUGAUGUUUUUCAAUAUCUUGCAAAUAUCUAUGCGUCAAGAAACCCCAACAUGAAGAAAGGAGAUCAGUGUGAGAACAAACUGAACUUUCCUAACGGAGUUACCAACGGAUACUCCUGGUAUCCACUGCACGGCGGAAUGCAAGAUUACAACUACAUCUGGGCCCAGUGCUUUGAAAUUACGCUGGAGCUGUCGUGCUGCAAAUACCCUCCUGAGGAGGAGCUGCCAUCCUUCUGGAAUUAUAACAAAGCCUCGUUGAUCGAAUAUAUGAAACAGGUGCACCUAGGUAUGAAGGGUCAAGUUUUUGAUAUUGAUGGAAAUCCAUUACCUAAUGUAAUUGUGGAAGUCCAAGACCGAAAACAUAUCUGCCCAUACAGAACCAACAAAUUUGGAGAAUAUUAUCUACUUCUCUUGCCUGGGUCCUAUACAAUAAAUAUUACAGUCCCUGGGCAUGAGCCAUACCUCACAAAGGUGGUUAUUCCAGAGAAAUCCCAGAACUUCAGUGCACUUAAAAAGGAUUUUCAACUUUCAUUCCGAGGGCAACUGGAUUCUACACAAGUAUCAGAUCCUUCAUGCCCACUGAUUCCUCUCUACAAAAAUUUUCCAAGCCACUCAGCUGCAACAAAGCCUAGUUUGUUCCUAUUUUUAAUGACUCUCUUGAACAUAUUUUCCAAAUAAAGUAAAAUGUGAAACUCAAGCCCCAUCAUCACCUGGAAUCAGGAACGUCCACUUCAGGUUACUGCAACUCUAACCCCUCUUUGUGGGACCUCAGCUGGGUAAACUCCAGUCUUCCCAAAGAAGAGAAGUGGAUGCUUCCAGAUCCUGCGAUAAGCAAUAGAUGGUGAUAAUGACUUGGUCUCAAUAAUGAGUGAAAGACACCUGCCUCUCAAGUAUUGCCCAUAUUUACUUAAUCAUUAAGUCUUAGAAAUUUGUAAAAAGAUAAACUUAAGACACAAAAAUGAUGUUCCUACAAGGGAAAAAAAUUUUUUUGCCAUGAGUGCCAUAUGUGAAGAGAUACUAAGUGCCACAUAUUAGUAUCAUUAGUUCUCAGCAAAGAAAUGUUCAUAGGAUUGGGAAUAUCUACUUUUGCAUAUGUUCUAAGGAGCAGUGCAAGAAAGUGGACAGACAUGUCUCAGAGACCCAGGAAAAGGUGGCCCCAAUGGAAUGACAAGUUUGUGUCUACAGAUCCUCAAAGCAACAGGUAAAUGAUGCUUCAUCCCCGAGAGCCAGUGUCCCCACCUUCCUGCACCCGGACGCCAGUUAGGAUGAUGGCACCAAACGUCCAACUCCAGCCUCUCUGCCUGAACUUCAGACUCACAUCCAACUCGCCCCCUGGAUACGACCCAUAGGUGCCUCGGACCCAUCAUGUCAAACAGCCAGGUUUUGCCUCUAGAACCUUUCUUCCUGCUAUACGAGAAAGUUCACUGAAAAUGGAAUUGAAGGAUAAAUUUGGUGCCAAAGACUGGGAAAUCUAUGAAUAAUUUUAGCAUAAUAGGUGUUUUCGUGAACUUUUUGAAGAUCCCCUCCAAUUCUCUGUACCAGUACCACCACACUGGACAUCUAGGAGUCAUCUUCAAAACUUCUUUCUUCUUCCAUAUAUUCCAUCAUUCAGUAAAGACUGGGGUGAAUUGUAAAUACUAACUCUACCCUCUCUCCUCCAUGGCAAUUAAUAUCGCCAAAUUUAGGCCUCCCAUCUCACCUGUACCACAGCAACAGCUGUACUGUGUCCUGGUCCCAGCCGUGUCCUCUUGGGUCCAUCCUCCACAGCACUGGGGGAGGGGGCUACGUAAAACAGACCAACAGUUAGCUGCGUGUAGCUCCCAAACAUACCACAUGCGAUAUGUGCCCGUCUCUGGAGUGCCACUCUGAUUGAUCACUGUAUUUUCUUUCCCACUUUUCCACUAAAACUCGGUUCAAACUGCAACUCUCCUAGGAAGCCACUCCACUUCCUCCCAGGCAGUCUGGGGCCCUUCCUCUUUGUUCCCACAAAUAAACUGGUUAUCUCUGCUACUGGAUUUACAACACUGUAUUAUGACCUUGUACUUCCAUGUGUGUCUUGUCUAAUAGAGUAUGAGCUCUUUAAGGCUGGAGUCCAUUUGAAAAACUCAUUUUUGUAUCCUCAGAGCCUUCCACACAGUAGGCAAUGAAUGAGUGAACAAAGUGUUCCAGCACCUGGCUACUCCCAGUCCCGUCCAGAAACUGUAUAGGGCUUUAAGUCAUUUUAUGAAGUUGGGUCUCAGGUGGCAAUCACCAGCUCACUUUGUCGGUGUUUUCAUGUACGCAUCGAGAAAAUUCCAGGAUGGGUAUUUAAUGCAGCAGUUGAAACACCCAUAUCCCCUAAUCAGAGUUCCUGGGUUCAAACCCCAGCUCUUCUGCUGAUGCUGACUUCCUGCUAACACACACCCCGGGAGGCAGGUAAUGAUGGCUCAAGUACUUGUGUCUCUGCCACCUACAAGGGAGGCCCACAUUGAGUUCUGGCUCCUGGCUUUGGCCCGGUCCAGCCCCAGCUGUUACAGGCAUUUGGGAGUACAUCAAUCUCUGCCUUUCAAUCAAAUUGUUUUUAAAGAAAAAAAAACAAAUACAGUGGUUUUACUCCACUCUGCAUUCUCAGUUUUGUAGUAAUGCUACCAUGUACCUAUUAACAACACUACAAGCUACCUCUUUGAAUCUGAAAACAAAAAUUUUAUCAAUAGUAUCCAAUUUGAAACAACUGUUCUCUACCCUAAGUGUUAACCUAUCUUAAAGCAUUACACGUGAGGGGGAAAAGCAUCAAACAAGAGCAAGUCUGAUGGCAGAUUUCUGAGUGUUGUGUAUCACUCACGCAAUGUGAGUUUCUAUGGUUCACGUUUGAAAUUCAAGUUCUACAUUACCUGAAAGUGAAGCCACACCCUGGGCUUGGUACUUGGUGAAUGCCCGAGAACCACAAAGAAUUGAGAUUCAGUACAUUUGGGAGUCAUUUCCACGCCAAACUCAUUCUACAUGUAUAAAACCACUUUAUGUAAAAUCUGGUAAUAACCUGAAUAUCCUUUUUAAAUUAUAUACUUCAAAAUAUUAAUAGUGCAGUAAUGAUUUUGAUAUACUCCAUACAUAGAAGUAUAAAGAUUAAACUUGGGGCCAACACUGUAGCAUAGUGGGUAAAGCUAAUGCCUACAAUGCUUGCAUCCCAUAUGGGUGCUGAUUCAUGUCCUGGCUGCUCUGCUUCUGAUCCAGUUCGUUAAUAGCCUGGCAGAGCAGCGAAAGAGGCCCCAAGUACUUGGGCCCUUACCACCCUGGCCUGGCCCUGACACUUGUGGCCAUUUGAGGAGUGAACCAGUGGAUAGGAGAUCUGUUUCUCCCUCCUUCUCUGUAACUCUACCUUUCAAAUAAAUAAAUCUUAAAAGUUUUAACAACAAAAGACGACCACUUGAUUUACCAUCAAGCCCUAAACAGUUUUUCCACUGGGCAUUCUAAUUUUUCCUUUUCUAGAACAGCAAUUUUUAAAUGGACAUGAACUAAAAUCUAAAUUGGCUCAUGAGCCUAAAUGUAAAUUUCUCACUGAAAUGAUCUGUUUUAAAUCAGCAAGUUGUCUUAAUCAAACUUAAAAUCACUUAGAGACAAACAAAACACAGCCAGGAAAUUGUGACUGUGGUCAGACCAGGCCCCCUCAUACCUCCCAGCCUGACCGCCUUCCUCAGGAUCGGCCUGCUUCCUUUUACGGAGAAAUCUACAUGAUAAGAUUUCAGUGGGAGAACAAUGUGGAAGAGACCUCUGCAAAUCCACUGAGAAUUGUUUCCCUACCUGUAAAAGGAAGACCUCUGCCUUCUGAUGAGGGUGAUACUGGGACUGCUGGAAGAGGGGUAGAGCAGCCAUGCUGGUGUCCUCCAAGUGGAGGAAGUGUAAUUAACACUCAGGUGCAUAACUAUUUUGAAGGCAAUGUAAUACUGAUUGAAGGUCGUCUUUUGCCCCACACUUCCCACUUGUCCCUCUGUCUCUCAAAUAAAAAUGUUAAAAAUACCUAAAUAGAAUUGACCUGCAACUGAAACAUCGGUUAACUAAAUAAUCAUUAAUAAUAAUUAAGGAACUCAGGAAGUAACAUGGCUUUCUCAGGUGCCUAUUCCAGUUACGAUCAAUGCUAAUGUGAGUGAAUCUAAGUGAUGAGUAUUUUAGAGAAAUGUUCCUGCAGUGUUGAUUUUUGUGCUUAACUUGAGCCGUUGGAUGUUCACAAAUGUUAAAAACCUCUUCUCAACAUUUCUGAAAGUCUGUCUCAGAAAUCCAAGGUUAUGUUUUGUUAACAAACAAAUUUGCAUUUGUCAUGUUUCUAAAAAUGGUAUCAGUUAGCUGUAUGUUUGGAAAGUAUAAAUACCUGAUGCUGAAUUGGAAAUAUCUUUUCUUAGCGAAUACAAAAAAAUAAGCAUAGCAUAUUGUCUCAUUGCAACAGGAUAACUUGCUUAUUGAGAAAUUUGCUUUUAUUCUAUGUAAUACUACAGUUGCUGUUUAUUUUGAGGGAUCCCUUUUUUCUUCUUGAUGACUUUUGAUGGGGAAAAAUGACAAUGACCAGAUUGGUAUAAAAGAGCCUGAACGCUGACAAUACCUAAAACAGAAGCUUGGGUUUGUUAUAGCCUUUACAUUAUAUCACUAAGCAGAUAUUAUGCUGAACUGUUCACAAACCAUUUUCUCACACUUUGGCAUGUCAACUGUUCCACCCUUUCUAUAAAUGUUUCAUAGCUGAUUUUACAAACUUUCUCGGUGACUUUCUUUUAUACUAAGAACAUAUUAAAAAGAACAAAUUGUCUAAAGACUAUAAAGUUUACUGGGGAAGGGCUAUGACUACCUCUGAGUUUAGUAAAUGUAGAAUAUUUCCAAUCCUCAAUAAAGAAUAUUCAUUUAAGUAA